UCGAACGCUCACUCAUCUCUCUUCUUUCUUCUCUCUUUCAACCCAAAAAUGAAAUGAACUACAAAGGCAAGCCUUCUUCUUCUUGUUGGAAAACCCCAUUUUAAAUUCUUAAGGUGUUCUUCUUUUCACCUGUUGAAACCCAAAGGCAGCAGCUCAACUUCAGCAAUGGUAGCAGAAACUUGGAUACUUAAAGUGGGAAACCAGGUAAGUUCCAAUCUUAAACACGCCCUUCUUCUCGAGCCUUCUUCCAAAAAAAAGAACACCCAAAACAACCCAACACCGAAAAAACAUGAAACCGUUGGAAUCUUGUCUUUCGAAGUUGCCAAUGUCAUGUCCAAAACUAUCCAUCUCCACAAAUCCCUGUCCGAAUCCGAGAUCUCAAAGCUCAAAUCCGAGAUCUUAAAAUCCCAAGCCGUUUCCAACUUAAUUUCUUCUGAUGAGAAUUUUCUUCUUACCCUUGCUUUAGCUGAAAGGCUCGAUGACUUGAACAAGAUCGCCACUGUUGCCUCUAGACUUGGUAAAAAAUGCAAUGAACCAGCUUUACAAGGUUUUGAGCAUGUUUAUGCAGACAUUUUGAAUGGGGUUAUAGAGGUUAGAGAAUUAGGAUUUUUAGUUAAAGAUAUGAAGGGAAUGGUUAGGAAAAUGGAAAGGUAUGUUAAUUCGACUGCUAAUUUGUAUAAUGAAAUGGAGGUUUUGAGUGAACUAGAACGAGCUACUAAGAAGUUUCAUGCAAAUACAUACGAGGAAAGUAAGAGAACUUUCGAGCAAAAAUUGAUUUGGCAAAGACAAGAUGUUAGGCAUCUUAAGGAUGUUUCACUUUGGAACCAAACAUUUGAUAAAGUUGUUGAGUUGUUGGCUAGGACUGUUUGUACUAUUUUUGCUAGGAUUCUUGUUGUUUUUGGGGAGUCUGCUUUGAGAAAGGAUAGCGAAUGCAGGCAGUUGAAACGUGUUCUCAGUAAGAGUAGUAGUGUUGGGGGUUGUCAGCCUGGGAAUGUGGAGAGAGUUGUGGUGGAGAAAAGGGGAGUGAGUUUGAAGCAUCGGGGGAAUGAUUGUCGAAAAGGUGAAGUUGGGUUGUUUCGGGUGGAGGAUUUUGGUUUUCAUUAUGGGACUAGUCCCGGAAGACUCUUCACAGAUUGCCAUAGUUUGAGUAGUUCAGUUUCAAGGUUCGAUAUUGAUGAUGACGAGAGUGUUGACCAUGAAGACCGGAGUAGCCAGAUUUCAGGUUGUUGUAGUGUUGCAAAUGAUGGGGUGAAGAGAGAGCGCCCGAAUCGCUCUCGUCCUUUUUGUCGGCCCCAACAUAGUGAUCUUUUGAAUGAAGAUCUGAUGCAAUCCAAGUGUUGGAUGCUGAAUAACACACAAUUUGGUCCUAAAAGUAGGUUGGCAAUAUAUGCUUCACCUUCCACUGUGGGAGGCUCUGCUCUUGCCUUGCAUUAUGCUAAUGUAAUAAUUGUCAUCGAGAAGCUACUGCGCCACCCUCAUUUGGUUGGUGAAGAAGCUAGAGAUGAUUUGUAUCAGAUGUUGCCAACAAGUUUGAGACUGUCUAUGAGGACUAAUCUCAAGUUCUAUGUCAAGAAUUUGGCUAUAUAUGAUGCUCCAUUGGCACAUGAUUGGAAAGAAACUCUUGAUGAGAUAUUAACAUGGCUCGCCCCACUGGCACAUAACAUGAUUCGAUGGCAAAGUGAGCGGAAUUUUGAGCAGCAGCAAAUUGUUACUCGGACAAAUGUUCUUCUUCUCCAGACCUUAUAUUUUGCUGAUAGGGAAAAGACUGAAGCAGCUAUCUGUGAGCUUCUUGUUGGGUUGAAUUAUAUAUGUCGUUACGAGCAUCAGCAAAAUGCAUUGUUGGAUUGUGCAAGCAGUUUCGAUUUUGAGGAUUGUAUGGAGUGGCAAUUGCAAUACGGAAAUUCUUAUCCUAAUUGAUUACUUUGUUUAAAGCUUAUAAUUCUUUUCAGUGUACCUGUUACUUGUUCAUGCACUCCUGUUGUCAUGACUAAUGGUUUUAUUGUUGAUGUUUAGUCAACAUAGACAUUUCAUCGUAUUCCUAGUUGUGAGAUUAUUAGAGUAGCAUUAGAUUGGGUAUUUGACUCAGUGGCGUGAAAGGCUUUACACCAACUUUACAGUGGUGUUUCUUAAAAGAAGGAUCAAAUUAUCAUGCUGUCCCUUAAAGUAAGGAAGGAAUAUGAAAGCAGCUGCUGAUGUUUUCAGUGUCUGAAGCAUGCGAAAAGAAUAGCAUCAUUGGUUUUAAGCACUCCAGACAUAUGUAUGGUUUUGAAUAGAUAAAAUUGUGAGGAUAGAUCUUCGGAUCUUAAAGUAGACAAUAGAACGGAUACAAUUCAAUAAUUUUUAUGGCAAAAAAUAAAAUGUACAAUAUCUUGAAAUAUACAUACAUGUAUGAAGAAUGUAACAAUAUAUAAAGAGUUUUACGAGAG